AUGGCCACUCGUCUUCAGUUUGAGAACAACUGUGAAGUUGGUGUCUUUUCAAAACUCACUAAUGCUUAUUGCUUAGUUCCUAUAGGAGGCUCUGAGAAUUUUUACAGUGCUUUUGAGUCAGAGUUAGCUGGUGUUAUCCCUAUCGUUAAGACCUCUAUUGGUGAUGGAGCACGAAUCAUUGGCCGUCUAUGCGCUGGAAACAAGAAUGGACUUCUUGUGCCUCAUACAACCAAUGAUCAAGAGCUUCAACACUUGAGGAACAGUCUUCCUGAUUCAGUUGUGGUCCAGCGAAUUGAGGAACGUCUCUCUGCUCUUGGAAAUUGCAUUGCCUGCAAUGACCAUGUUGCUCUUGCUCACACCGAUCUUGACAUGGAAACAGAGGAGAUCAUAGCAGAUGUUCUUGGUGUUGAAGUUUUCCGUCAGACUAUUGCAGGAAACAUUCUUGUGGGCAGUUACUGUGCCUUGUCCAACAGAGGUGGCAUUGUCCAUCCUCACACAUCAGUGGAAGACUUGGACGAACUAUCAACACUUCUUCAAGUCCCUCUAGUUGCAGGAACCGUGAACCGUGGUACUGAAGUUAUAGCCGCUGGUAUGAUUGUCAAUGACUGGACUGCUUUCUGCGGAUCAGACACAACCGCAACAGAGCUCUCUGUUAUAGACAGUAUCUUCAAACUUAGGGAAGCUCAACCCAGCUCCAUUGUCGAUGAGAUGAGGAAGUCUCUGAUCGAUACCUAUGUUUAAAUUUUUGCUUUAUAUGUAUGACAAUGACACUCACAACAACAUCAUCCUAAGAGUGUCACAAUGUCAGAAUAUUUUUCAUCUUUUGUGGUCUAAACAUAUGUUUUGUUUAAU